AUGGCUAAUGUAGUGGAGGUGCUAAUUCACGCCUCAGAAAAAGCUGCCUCAAUAGCAAGAUCUUGUACUAUAUCUGGAUCAGAGACACUGCUUGUGUCAGAAAAAUCUGAAACAGAGGCAAAUAAGCGCUUCGAUAAAGAUUACAAAACCAUUGCUGAUGUUCUGGCUCAGGAAACAGCAAAAGCUCUUAUCACUGCUCACUUCCCUCAAUUAGUUGAUCAUGUGAGGGGUGAAGAGUGUGCGGAAAUUAAUGGAGUUAAGAUCAGUCUGCAGAAUAAUGUAAAGAAGACAGCUGAAAUGCUUGGUGCCAUUUUACCGCAAGCUAUAGCUCAUAAUAUGGCUGAAGCUGCACAUAAAGAUGUAAGUCAGAACUUGCCUCAAUUGCCAUCAAAUCUUCCAGUUAUGGAUCCCGCUGAAGUAGGGAUUUGGAUUGACCCUAUAGAUGGUACUGCUGAGUUUAUUGCUGGUAUUCAGGGUGAAGCCAAGCCUGGUCACGGGUUACCAUGUGUCACAGUUCUGAUUGGAGCUUACUUACGGUCUUCUGGCAAACCAAUCCUGGGAGUUAUAAACCAGCCAUUCUAUGACAAUGGCAAAGGCCGUAUAAUAUGGGGACUCAAUUAUGCAGACAAAUGUAAAUGGUCCCAUGAAAAUAAUGUCAAUACAAACAAAGUAAUUCUAAUGAGCAGUGCUGAAAAACCAGAAAUAGUUGAGAAAUUUAAAAGUCUUGGAUGGGAAGUGAAAUCUGUUCCUGGCGCAGGCCACAAGCUGUUAAAAGUAGCUAUAGGUGAAGCGUCAGCAUAUAUAGUUUCUCAGGGAACAACUUUCCGUUGGGAUACAUGCGCCCCUCAUGCCAUAUUACUAGCUAAGGGCGGAAAUGUAUUGAACUAUACCGACUAUACACCACUUACAUACAACGAUCAAAAGGAUCUUGAAGCACAUGAGUAUUGUAACAAAAACGGUAUUAUAGCUUAUGAUAAUAACUCCAUUUUGGAAGAAAUUAAAGAUAUACUAAAUUCAGUAUAA